AUGUUUGGCCACAGGUCCAUCACCAUCAAAGGCGCUACCUGCGGCUUCGAUACCCUGCUCCUUGUUGUCAUCACGUCUAUUGCCGGCUUCCUCUUCGGCUACGAUAUCGGGCAGAUCUCUGGCAUCUUGCUUUUUGACAACUUCAACAAAUUUGUAGAUGGGGACCUGGCAAUGUCUCUAAUCGUUUCUCUGAUGAGUGUCGGCUGUCUUGCGGGCUCCCUACUGGGCGCAUAUUCUGCUGAUUGGCUUGGUCGACGAAAGAGCAUUGCUCUCGGUGUACUCUUCUUCGUUGCAGGAGAUAUUGUUCAGAUCACUGCAGUGAACAGCUGGAUACACGUCAGUUCGGGCAGGUUUGUCGCGGGCCUUGGUAUCGGCAAUCUUUCUGUUGGAGUUCCCAUGUUCCAAUCAGAGUGCGUUCCUCGCGAGAUUCGCGGAGCAGUUGUCACCUCCUAUCAACUACUCAUUACCAUUGGCAUUCUAAUCGGCAACUUGGUAUGCUUCUUGAUGAGCAAAUACCAGAAUCAGGGGUUUGCAUGGCGUCUCGUCAUUGGUCUGGGUGCUGUCUUUUCGCUGCCCCUUGGAUUUGGUAUUCUCCUUGCUCGUGAUCCUGAGAAUGUCAUUGUUGAAAACGACAUUCAUGAGAUGCGAGAGAUUUUGGCUUUGGAACGCCAAAGCGGUACUGCUUCGUGGCGCGAGUGCUUCUCGUGCAGAGCCAAAGUCCCCAAGACUCUCUAUCGUACCUUGUUAGGCAUGGGCAUUCAUUUUCUGCAGCAAUGGACGGGCAUUAAUUACUUCUUCUACUAUGGCCCAUCGAUCUUUUAUUCUGCCGGAAUCAAUAACCCUUUCAUAACUCAGUUGGUCCUUGGCGCUGUCAACGUUUGUACGACAUUCAUCGCCGUCUGGAUGGUCGAUUGGUGGGGUCGUCGACGUCCCCUUGUGUUGGGUGCAUUGUGGCAGGCCGCCUGUCUGUUGGUCUUUGCUUCUUGGGGUACCUUUAUGGCGAAAAGCAGCGAGCAGUUACCGGGACCCCCCAUUUUCAUGAUCAUGUCUGCUUGUAUGUUCAUCGCGUCUUUUGCAGCAACUUGGGGUCCCAUUGCUUGGCUAGUCAUGGGUGAAACGUUUGCCCUUCGGACACGCGCAAAACAAGCUGCGUUGGCCACGGCCUCCAACUGGCUCGGUAACUUCAUGAUUGGGGUUCUCACUCCAGAGGCUGCCAGAAGCAUAGAUUUCAGGUUUGGAUUUGUUCUAGCCAGCGCCAACCUCAUUGCCGGAGCUCUGGUCUACUUUUUCCUGUACGAGUCGACGUUACUAAGUUUAGAAAGCGUGGAUAUCAUGUACAGUAUCCACGGCCUCUAUCCAUGGGAGAGCCGCAGCUGGGUUCCGCCUGGAUACGUCACGCGCCGGGAACGAGACGAGGAGCAUUUCCGAAGAAUGAGCAUUUCUGCGGCAACAAAUAUUUCCAGCGUCACUCAGGAAAUGGUGGACAUGGUGAACAACGACGUCGUUGCGAAGCCCAAGGCGGCCGCCGUUUAA